AUGGAAGCAGGGCAACAUUGUAAAGAUCUGAGGGAAACGUUCGAGCUCCUCCGCCGGUACCACAUGAGGUUGAAUCCCUCAAAGUGCGUGUUCGGCGUUUCCGUAGGUAAAUUCCUGGGCUUUAUGGUGACUCAUAGAGGUAUAGAAGCAAAUCCAGAUAAAAUACGAGUGCUGCUGGAGAUGGAGGCUCCAAGGACUAAAAAGGAGAUCCAAGUACUCGCGGGUUUUACAGCAGAAAGGCUCCCCGAGUCAUCCACCAAGUCGGAGGAGUGGACAUUGCACGUUGAUGGGUCCUUUAAUGCUGCUGAAGGGGGAGCCGGAUUCAUCCUUUUUGACCUAGAGGGCAAUGAAACUCUCUUCGCCCUAAAACUGGAGUUCAUAGCAACCAACAACGAGGCGGAGUACGAAGCCCUGUUAGCCGGCCUGCGCCUGGCGGAAGCAUUAGGGGUGGCACAGAUCAAAGUACUGAGUGAUUCCCAGCUGGUAGUAGAGCAACUUAAAGGAGAAUUCGAGGCUAGGGAUCCAAGAAUGAAGAAAUAUCUCUCCAAGGCAAGAGAGUACAUAGAGGCAUUCGCCCAGUUCGACAUAGAACACGUACCGAGAGCAGAGAAUAAAAAGGUGGACGCACUCGCGAAGUUAGCCUCGGCAACCGGUUCGGAAUGGAAAGACACUAUCUAUCUUGAACGCAUAGGGAAACCCUUGUACGAGGAGGACAGAAUUAACUCAGUGGCGUCCGAAUUCAACAAGGACGAUUGGAGAGCGUCCUUAUUCCUAUACCUCCAGGACGGAUCCUUACCAGAAGAUAAUAAGGAGGCUCAAAAGGUGAGGAGGAAGGCGACAAGAUAUACGUUGAUGGGCCAGGAGCUCCACAGGCGAUCCCUGACAUUGCCCUACCUUCGAUGUUUAAGCAAAGACGAAGGGGAAUACAUACUACGGGAAAUCCACGAAGGAGUAUGCGGAAACCACCUUGCCAGUAGGGCUUUAGCUCACAAAGCUAUGCGACAGGGAUUUUUCUGGCCCACAAUGAAAAAAGACGCGGUUGAGCUCGUCAAAAAAUGUGACAGAUGUCAAAGCGAUAGUUACAGACCACGGGAAGCAGUUCGACAAUGA